GCGUUCUUGCGUAGCUUAGUCUUCUUAAAUCAGAAAUCUUAAUCAUCCAUUCUUCUGUCACAUACUACGGUCGAGGGGGUAAAAUGGUAAUGAUUGUUGGCAUUUUUGUAAUAUCUGGUAAAAUGUUCCUACACCAGCAGGUUCCCGGAAAGUAAGAAAGACAGACAUUGAACAUGCCUGUCACCGACCUUUGAACGCCUACGUGUGAGCGCCGCUCAUGCCAACUCUGAGGUUAAGCGGCGCGCAUCCGGCUCCGCGCAUCGUCUGUCCUCAUUUCAAAGAAGUAUCACAGGGAACUGUUUGGGGAAGGAAGGUCCUUUUCUGUUCCAGCAUGACUGUGCAUCAGUGCACAAAGCAAGGUCCAUAAAGACAUGGUUGGGUGCAGUGUGGGUAAGGAGCUGAGUUUGCCAUGACUGCUCUUCUGAUGGACCAGGGGAAGACUUCUUCAGACAGGUUGGCUGUUCCCAGUCUAGGGAACACUUUCAGAAUUCCCAAGAGGAAGUUUCCUGCCAGUGGCACUGGCGUACAGAUGCAGUCUCCACUUUCCCGCCUCCCGGAGUCCAGCAGCCUCAAGGUGCAGUGGGGCCGGUUGUCUCAGGACCGCAGGAGGUCGAGGGGACUGGGUCAGCUGGAUGGUACCAGAUCCUCAGACAUCAGCCAGAUGUCUAACGGCAGCAGAACGGACAGGGUAGCACUUUUGGGUGUCCUGAAGGUGGCCCCCCCACAGGAAAUGCAUAGCGAGGCUGUAAGGAUACAUGUGAGCAGCUUGCAGAAUGAUCCUGUGACCCAGCACAAGGGGGCGGCACCCCAGACCUGUUCAGAUACCUGGGUGCACAGGUCGGCACGCCGGCCCCUCCCUCCCCGUCCUCAGUCUUCUCCGCUGAAAAGGUUCCGGCCCAAAAGGGCAUCAGACACCUUGUGCCAUGAUGAGAACCUGCAGGGGGCUCCCUCCUCGCCCAAGGGGAGGAGAAGCAACGUGGGACUGAGAGGUUCUCUCCAGCUGGAACAGGAACGAGAAGUGGGAGAGAAGACGAUAUUAGAACACACUGGCUCAUCGCCUGGAGAAUCGAAGAGAUUCUUUCGUUCUGAUGAAAUCAAGGAGGAAGAGAGAGAGAGAAGGGCUAUUUUGGGGCCCAAGAUGAAAGUAGAGGACACGGGGGUCACAGUGGAGUCUUCGAACCCCACUGGGCUGCCCAGGUCAAGUGCCCCACACCACCCCAGCCGGACGAGGGGCGAAGAGUCUGUCGAUAAGCAGGUGUCCCUGGCAGCACCUGCAGGCUCGGUGGAAGGCGGCGAAGUGGCCUUGCUGCUGCGAAAGGACCCAAAGCGUGUGAGCAGUGCCUCCCAGAGACGUAGGCUUCAGCUGGAGAAGGUGUUCCCUCCCAUCCGACAUAGAAAACCUUCACUGAGGCCCACUGAGCCAAUUGUGCUGUCCAGCGACGAGGAGGAGGUGGAGAAAGAUGGGCGGAGUCAUCACCUUCGGAUCUCGCGCAGUCGGAGUGCGCCGGAAUCCAAGGACGAGCUCGCUACUGAGAAGGGCGCGGGGGCACAGACUGAGAAGAGGGACAUGCAUCCGGCUGAGUCCAGGACAUCAGCUUCAGGUCUGAGAGCAGGAAGGCCGGCGGGAAGCACCGAAAACUGCAGUGAGGAGUCUUCACUGGUGGAGCUGCAGUUCUUGACUCUGCAUGCAGGGGGAGCAGUGGUUGAGGCUAACGGAAACAUCAUGGUCACAGCAGACUGCCUAAUUGUAACUGUGAAAGAUCCCUCGGGUGAGGCAGUGGUAUCGCUGGCUCUGGUGCCCUCCGAGCUACGUGGGUAUUGUACGUGGGCUGGGCAGCCCAGUGCCCUCCUCCUCUUCCUGUGGGUGUCCGAUGCGCAGGCGAGGCUCGUCCAGCAGGAGCUGUCGGUGGUGAGGCCCGUUGGGCAGCCAGAGCAAGCCUGUCCAUUUUUGCUCCUGACGCUGAAGGAGUCUGCCGACGGCCUGCAGGGGGCUCUGUUGGCCUCUCUGUUGGACGUGAUGGGCCAGCGUUGUGCGAAGCUGACUGUGAGGCUCGCUCUCUCCCGGGAUCGGGCCACUGCCCUGGUGCGGAGCUCUCCCUGGGUGAAAACGCUGCUCCCUCUCCUGGAAAGCAAGCCCUCCCCUGCGUUAGAACAGGACCAGCUUGAGUUAACUUCGUGGUGUCCUCAGCUUGGGAGUCUGACCCGGCGCAGCCUAAGGCGGGCGGGCACAUCCGCGAGCCAAGAACUCAGCGCAUCGCGCAGGUUGAUUCAAUAUCCCCCACCUCCGUCCAAAGGGGGAAUCACUGUAAGGAUGGAAGACCUGGACUGUUUGAACAGCGGCGAGUUCCUGAAUGACGUUGUCAUUGAUUUCUACCUGAAGUACCUGAUACUGGAGAAGGCUCCCAAGGAGAUGGCCGAGCGAUCACACAUCUUCAGCAGCUUCUUCUACAAACAGCUGACACGGCGAGGCGGUGCUGGAGAGGGGGGGGCCGGUGUCUCGCCUAAACGCAGACGACACCACAGGGUGAGAACCUGGACCCGUAAUGUGGACAUUUUUAAUAAGGACUUCCUGUUUUUGCCUGUCAAUCAAGAGGCCCACUGGUAUCUGGUGGUGAUCUGCUUCCCUUGGCUGGAAAGCCCCGUGCGUGAGGAUCGGGGAAUCCAAUCCGCCCACGGGAACAGCGGCGUGGAGAAGAGAAGGAGCUUCCAGGCGGCGGGCCCGGCCAUCGAUGAUGGAAAGGAGACCACCGAGUCCAACUCUGCCUCUGCUGACGUCAGACGGGGGGGAGAGAUGUAUAAAGGUGGCCCGGAGGCAGAUCCACGCGUGGCACGGGGGACACCCAGCAGUCUGCCGGUAAUGAAGGACCCCGUCAUUUCCCACCAUGAAUGUACACAACUGGGGUGUCAAAGGAAAACAGUCUGCAAGAGGCCCUGCAUCCUGGUCAUGGACUCCCUGAAGCUGUCCCGGCACGAGCAGAUCUUCACACUCUUACGAGAGUACCUGGAGGUGGAGUGGGAGGUGCGGCGAGGGACUCCUCGUGGCUUCACUGCAGAGCAGGUGGUCGGGUCUCACUGCAGGGUCCCCCUGCAGGACAACAGCAGCGACUGCGGGCUCUACCUGCUGCAGUAUGCUGAGAGCUUCCUGCAGAACCCUGUGGUGCACUUCGACUUACCAGUACACCUGGAGCACUGGUUUCCACGGCAGCGGGUGCGUAUGAAGCGGCACCAGAUUCGCGAGCUGGUGGUUCAGCUGUACAGGAAGCAAGGGGGCGGGACUUGAGCAGUACGGGAGGCAUGUCUUAGGAUUUACUCUCACCUGCCGAUUCGUACCGGGCCCAAGCACAUGUUUCUGACCAUUAAAGUCCAGUUUUUUUGGAUAAAAAUACUAAAAUCAAACGUCCUUUUUUUUAAUGCAAAGUGCAUCCGUCCAUGUAAAGCACUUUUUAUAUAUGUGAUAAUGCCACUUAUUUAACGCCUGUAUAUAGUUAGUCAUUGUUUAUACAUGAAGGAUGAUUUAUUUAUAUAUCACACUUUUGUAUUCAACGUACUGUGGUGCUAAGAUUUCCUGGAAAUUUCACAGAAAAUGUCCUUAAUGCUGAUGUAAGCUUCUACAAAAGGACAGACUGGACUUAUUUUCUGAGAUAUUUUAAAGAAUAUUUAUGUUCUCUUUUAAGCUUCAGAUUAUGGUUUUCUGCCUUGGUUUGAGAAUAAACAUUUGGAUGACCAAA